AUGGCGACCGUUUUUACUCAACCUCCACUGAAAGAGAAAGAGGGAGCCGUUGUCACUACGGGGACAUUAACCAGCAGCCCCUCGGAUUCGAAGGAGAAUGUUCAUGUAUCAGCUACUGGACUCAAUCUCGGCGUUCCUGCCAAUGAAAAAAAGUUCUGGUGGCAGAGAGGUCGAGGUUAUGACCCCGACGCCAUCGCGACGCUGCCCUCUGUAUUUGACGACCCGGAAACCGCCAAACACUAUCAGCCUCGUGCUGACUGGGAGAAUCUCCGCCGAUUUGAUCCUUCGGCAAGAUGGACAUGGCGGGAGGAGUAUGCCGUCCUGCGAAAAAUCGACAUCCGGAUCAUGGUCUUUGCCUGUAUCAUGUUCAUGUCCUUGGAGUUGGACCGAUCGAACUUGACCCAGGCGGUCACAGACAACUUCCUCGGCGACCUAGGGAUGGACACAAACGAUUACAAUUGGGGGAACACCGUCUUCAAGCUCAGCUUCCUUUGUGCCGAACUGCCAUCUCAACUUAUUUCCAAAUGGAUGGGCCCUGACCGCUGGAUACCCACUCAAAUGAUUCUUUGGUCCAUCGUCGCCGGCUCGCAGUUUUGGCUGUCCGGUCGAGCAAGUUUUCUUGCUUGCAGGGCUCUACUUGCGCUUUUGCAGGGUGGAUUUAUACCCGAUAUGAUCCUCUACCUCUCAUAUUUCUACAAACACGGUGAGCUCUCUCUUCGGCUAGGAUUCUGGUGGACAGCCAUGUCAAUAGCCGAUAUCAUUGCCAGUUUCCUCGGGGCGGGCUUACUUGACCUCCGAGGACACCUUGGCUACGCCGGUUGGAGGUGGCUUUUCCUCAUCGAAGGCCUUUUGACUUUCGUCCUCGGACUUAUUGCAUUCAUGUUGAUGCCUCCCGGACCUUGUCAAACUGCCAACUGGGCGAGAGGGAAGAAAGGAUGGUUCACGGAGCGUGAGGAAACCAUCAUGGUCAACAGAAUUAUCCGGGAAGACCCCAGCAAGAGCACUAUGCACAACCGACAGCCCAUCACUCCGAAGUUGCUUUGGCACAGCUUGACGGAUUACGAUUUGUGGCCGCUGUAUCUGAUUGGGUUGACCUUCCAAACCCCAAUGACGACUCCUACUCAAUAUUUGACCCUGUCUUUGAAACAACUGGGAUUCGGCACGAUCAAGACGAACUUGCUCGUGGUCCCAUCCACCGUAGGCCACAUCAUUAUGAUGCUCCUCUUCACAUACCUCGCCGAGGUUGUAGGUCAACUUUGGAUCUUCGGUCUGCUCGCGCAGUUGUGGGCCUUGCCUUUUCUCUCUUACAUCUAUGCCAUCGACAUCAACUCGAUCAACAAAUGGACCGCAUUUGGCAUCAUGACUGUCCUUCUCUCGUACCCGAGCACCCACGCUAUUCAGGUCGGGUGGAAUUCCCGCAAUUCAAACUCGGUUCGAAGCCGCACCGUCAGUGCUGCGAUAUACAAUAUGGCUUGCCAGAGCUCCGGUAUUAUCGCAAGCAAUAUCUACCGUCAAGAUGAUCGACCCCGCUACCGGCGUGGAAAUCGUGUUCUUGUGUCCCUUUGCGUGUUAAACGUUGGGAUCUACGCAUUCGCCAAAGUCUACUACGUUUUGCGCAACAGGAAUCGGGACAAAGUCUGGAACAGCAUGACGGAGGAUCAGCGUAUUGAAUAUCUCGCCACUACGACGGAUAAAGGGAAUAAGCGCCUGGACUUCCGUUUCGCCAGCUGA